GCAAGUUUUGACAUCAUUCAAACAAAACAAGCAAAAUAUCAAUGGAGAGAAAUACCCCGAGGCUGUUAUUGAUGGAAUAUAACAGCGAUAUGAUUAACUUUAUGCUAUGGUCACCUGCUUUUCAACUUAAUCUUUAGAAUUGACAAUGUCCAAAAAGUGAUGUGUAGGCGGGUGGCUGGGCAAGUGUAGCACAGGUGGACGUUGAAAAGGGGUGGAGUGAAAAUAUGAGGAAGAGGCAGAGAGAGCACUGUGGACAGGUAGAGCGAAACACACCAGUUUAAGUGAGGAUUCUCAGAUAUUUUGCGAUAAAAUAAAACAACCGACAACACUAAGAAAAUAAAAAUAAUGAUCAUUUGUUGACGAAAUGAAGAAAAACAGUAUGGCAUGUGAUGUGGAUUAUCUCUAGGUCUACCGAUCCUAUUUGGAAUCAGUUAAUUUGUUGUUGUCGCGCAUAACCGAAAGCUGGGUUCAUAAAUAAGCAAGAUCGUGGCACCAGUAGACUUUCGGUCAUUUUGUUGACGUGCUGUGGUGCCCUGUAGGGUCAUGCUGAUGGACCAGGACACUCAGUGGCUGUACCACCUCCUGGCCGAGGUCCAGUUGGAGAGGUUCUACCUGCGUGUCCGGGACGGCCUCAACAUCACCCGCAUAGAGCACUUCAACUAUGUCAAGGAGUCUGACCUCGAGCAGAUCGGCAUUAGCAAACCAGGACAGAGAAGAUUAUGGGAUGCUGUGAAACGGUACAAGAUCACCAUGAGACCAAAGUCAUGGAUCACCAAGGUCUUCAGUGGCCGUGGUCCGGAGGGCGGUGACCAAUGGGGCAGUAUGGGGCAGGGCCAGGAGACAGGAGGGCGGGCACUCACCUGUCUGAUUCAGGACAGUGAACUAUCUCUAGGGGAGAAGCUGGGCAUGGGCUCCUUCGGUGUGGUGAAGAGGGGAGAGUGGCAGACCCCCACUGGGAGAGUGCUGCCAGUUGCGGUGAAGACUCUGAGGAGUAGCCUGUCCAGACAGACGGACACGCUGACAGACUUCCUCCAGGAGGUGACCACCAUGCAGUCUCUAGACCACCCCAACAUCAUCCGCCUCUACGGAGUAGUACUCACACAGCCCCUGAAGAUGGUGACAGAGGUGGCAUGUCUGGGAUCCCUGUAUGACACGCUGCGCUCUCGUCAGUACGAGUACCCCCUGGCACGCCUCUGGCUCUUCGCCACCCAGAUUGCAGCAGGCAUGGAGUACCUGGAGGGUCGCAGGUUCAUUCACAGGGAUCUGGCUGCCCGGAACGUUCUCCUGGCAUCCAGGGAGAUGGUGAAGAUCGGGGACUUUGGGCUGAUGAGGGUCCUGAGUCAGGAGAAGGACCACUACAUGAUGACAGCCCACAGACGCAUCCCCUUUGCCUGGUGUGCCCCAGAGAGUCUGCGUUUGGGCUCCUUCACCCAUUCCUCUGAUGUGUGGAUGUUUGGGGUCCUCCUCUGGGAGAUGUUCACCUAUUGUGACGAGCCUUGGCUGGGGUUAUCUGGCAGACAGAUCCUGUGGAGGGUGGAGAGGGAGGGAGAGCGUAUGGAGAGACCCCCUGACUGUCCUCAGGAACUCUACUCUGUGAUGAGAAAGUGUUGGGCCUGCACCCCAUCCGACCGACCCACCUUCUCCCAGCUCACCACUCUGGUGGCAGAGGCUCAGCCGAUAGAGGUGCGUGCUGUGAGGGACUUUGCGGAACCUAGGAAACUCACUCUGCUAUCCAACGACCUAGUGACCGUCAUAGACCAUGGUCUGGAGCUGUGUGAGUGGAAGGGUCAGAACCAGAGGACCCUGACGGUGGGCUGGUUCCCCCCGAGCCUGGCUGCCCCCAGCAGCACUCCUGCUCCUCCCGCUGCCCCUGGUCCUCCCGCUGCCCCUGCUCCUCCUGCCUCCAGCCUCAUCUCUCCCCCUCUGAAGGGCAGUCUGCAGCACACAGGGCAUGGAGACACCCACCCCGACCGUAGCUGGGGCACCCCGGAGCGCCUCGAUGAGAGCGUAAACUGGAGGAGCGGCCCAGCAAGCAGAGAUCGCGAGGAAGAGGGCUCCAACUUACAGAAAAUGUCAGGUAUGACCAGGAGUCUGGAGUCUGUCCUGAGCGAUCCCCAGAGCUGGACUCAGACGGUAGUAGGGGUCAGGGUGGACCCCCGUCGUGGACCAGUCCCCGCCAUGGGGGCCCACAGCGUGGGGAUGCAGCAGGACAUCCGUAGGUUCAGCGAGGCCAGCAUCAACCCCCCGGCUCGCCCGCCCCCACCGAACCCCAAAAACUUCAAGAUCCCCCAGGUGGUGAUCCGAGAUCAGAGGCCUACUGCAAAUCCAGCCCCAGGCACCUCAUGGCCUCCACAGCCUCCAACACAUCCACAGCAGCAGAUGCUACAGCCAGCCCAGCCUCAGCCCCAACCACCGCAGACCAUGGGAGGAAGCAAUCUGGGCAAGAUGGCCCACAUGGCACGGUCAACACCAACACUGGAUAACUAUGGGGACAAGGAGAGGGAUCAAGAAAAGGAGAGGGUGGUGAGGGAACGAGAGAGGGAGAGGUACCCGCCUCAAGUGCAACGCACCAGGGAAGCCGUCAUAGCACAGGUCAUGGAGGCGGUGCAUGGAGUAACCAAUGAGGAGGUUCGUAAUGCACUUCGCCGCAAUGAGUGGAACCCUGUUAGGGCCCAGCAACAACUCAAGAUGGAGCAGCUGUACUCUCUGAGCCUGUGUUCUCGUGACGACUGCGUCAUGAUCCUGUCCCGCUACCAGUGGAAUCUACAGCUGGCCAGUCGCUACCUGAUCAGAAUGGUACGGGAGGACAGGACUGGAGGAGGGGAGAGGAAGAGGAAGGAUGGAGAGAGAGGGACACCCCCUGUUGCCAUGGCGAGACGAGGAGGAGUAUGAGAGGUGGAGGGAUACUGGAAACAACAGACAAUAAAGCUUUACAACAUUUAAGAGGAACUGACAAGGAAUUUUAGGAAUUAAAUGGAUGGGAGGAGGAUAAAAAAGGAAUUGAAUAUAUAUGGAGUGAACCAUAAAGACGUUUCAGUCCUUAAAUACUAUUUUAUCCUUUUUUUUACAGUUCUGUUAAACACAUUUUUUUGUGACGAACUGCCACAUCCUCUCUGUUCUCAAAAAUAGUUGUAUCAUGAUGAAUUUGUAUAUAUUGUAUUGGCAUUGAUUAUAUUUGUUGAUACAAAAUGUGCAUUUAAUUUUACCUUUAUUUAACUAGGCAAGUCAGUUAAGAACAAAUUCUUAUUUUCAAUGACGGCCUAGGAACAGUGGGUUAACUGCCUGUUCAGGGGCAGAACGUCAGAUUUUGUACCUUGUCAGCUCGGGGGUUUGAACUUGCAACCUUCUGGUUACUAGUCCAAUGCUCUAACCACUAGGCUACCCUGCUGCAUGUGGCUCAUGCCCGUCAAUUUUACAAAUCAUUAGAGCUGGGAUGUCGUAGAAUCAAGAGAAUAUACAGUGUGAUGUAAUUUCCUUUCACAGGAAGUGUUUGGCAUUUCUCACUGCCUUGACUUCCUAAUUGAUUGCGAGCUUCCCAUUAUGCUGUCUAUAAAACUAGAGCAGGAGGAGAAUACAUGGGGCUGGAGAAACCUCUAUGGAGGGAGAUGGCCUUAUGUUAAACUGUACUUCAGCAUGCUUCCAGCAAGUGGGGGGAGUAAUGAGAACACCUCCCUUAUGUUGUGAACCUGCCUUACUCCUUUCAGGCCCCCCUGGCACUUUGCCACUACUAUUUUGUGUUUGAGGUUUGAACCGUCAACCUGGUGACCAGGAUCUCUUUAAAAUCAAGCACGACUCUGUGUAAAUUGAGAUUGACAAUCACAAUAAACGAAUUGAUCAUGCUUUGAAACCACAAGACAAUUUCCCAUUGAGCCGAAAUAUGCAGCAUUUAACCGUGAACGCAGGAACAUAAAUAAAAUACCCUUUUUUUUCUCGGCCUAAAAUAUAGACAACUGCACAUGGAUUAACCGUUGUAUUUAAUAUUAGAACUUGGGGUGUCACGUUCACAAAGAUGAAUGCCUACACAAAGUGUUUGAACCCAAGUCUGUUUGGGAUCGGGGCAUCUGUCUCGUGUAUUACUAGUGUCAUUUAUUUGUUCAUGGGGUGAGUAUGAAGUUGGCUCUAUGCCAGGGUUAGGCAACCCUGGUCCUGGAGUGCUGCAGCAGUUCAUGUUUUUGUCUUAACUGACAUGGAAGACCAGGUAUGUUGAAUUUAGGCAAUCACUGAACUGAUCAAUUAGCUCAGUGUGGUGCCUACUGUACAUGUAAUUAUGACAAUCCUGCUGUACCUGCAGCACUCCAGGAACAAGGUUUCCUACCCUGCUUUGUACACAAUUUGGGGAAAGUUUUUUUUGUAUUAGGUCAAACAAUUAUUCUUUGUGGUAAAUAGAGCAGUUUGGGAUCUUUCGUUCAGUGUGACCUGUAGUUUUACACUAGUGCUGAGAUUCAAUAUGUCAAGUUCUAGGCAUUGCAGAUUUUAUGGUGGAUUGAGAUGCAGCCCAUACAACAACAAAAACAUCUCUAGCUUUAAAGGCAAUUGCCGAAUGAGCCAACAUAUGCAGUGUUUACCGGUAAUCGGAUUAUCCUUUCAAAACCGCAAUGUCAAUAACCUGCGAUUGGAUUGAAUCCCGGCUCAGGUUUUGUGAGUGCCAGAGAGAGCUAGGCCACUGAGGGUGGGGUGGAGAGCAGUGUUUAUGAAGCCCUGUUAAAUAAAUGACAUGUGUUACUAAUUGGAAAAAUGUA